AUGGCGUGUGUGGGUAGCAGAGACCGGCAGUUUUUUGGCUUAAACGCAGCACAAUCUGAGGAGCUCUUUCACUAUGCUGCCGAUUCUCAGCCUCUCUCCAUCUCACAUCCCAGCUCCUGUAGAGAUCCUCAGCCGCCCUCACAACUCAGCCCCUGUUUAGAUUCUCAGCCCCCUCCGUCUUACAACCAAGCCCCUGUAGAGACUCUCAGCCUCCCUCCAUCUCACACCCCAGCUCCUGUAGAGACCCUCAGCCUCCCUCCAUCUCACACCCCAGCUCCUGUAGAGACCCUCAGCCUCCCUCCAUCUCACACCCCAGCUCCUGUAGAGACCCUCAGCCUCCCUCCAUCUCACACCCCAGCUCCUGUAGAGACCCUCAGCCUCCCUCCAUCUCACACCCCAGCUCCUGUAGAGACCCUCAGCCUCCCUCCAUCUCAGACCCCAGCUCCUGUAGAGACCCUCAGCCUCCCUCCAUCUCACACCCCAGCUCCUGUAGAGACCCUCAGCCUCCCUCCAUCUCACACCCCAGCUCCUGUAGAGACCCUCAGCCUCCCUCCAUCUCACACCCCAGCUCCUGUAGAGACCCUCAGCCUCCCUCCAUCUCACACCCCAGCUCCUGUAGAGACCCUCAGCCUCCCUCCAUCUCACACCCCAGCUCCUGUAGAGACCCUCAGCCUCCCUCCAUCUCACACACCAGCUCCUGUAGAGACCCUCAGCCUCCCUCCAUCUCACACCCCAGCUCCUGUAGAGACCCUCAGCCUCCCUCCAUCUCACACCCCAGCUCCUGUAGAGACCCUCAGCCUCCCUCCAUCUCAAACCCCACCUCCUGUAGACACCCUCAGCCCAAUCACACUCCAGCCCCUGUAG